GGCGUGUAGCGCGGCGCACGCUUUAUCUUAACACUAAUUUGAGCAACAACUACACAAAUUUCAUUCAACAUUAGCAUCAUAAUUUGGCAAGAUGCAGUGCUCGCCAUUUCGAAUGCUGGUAAUUGUACUGGCGAUAUUUUCAAUAGGAUUUCACCUUACUGGUAUAAUUGCACCGGCAUGGCUUCGGAUGUCAAUGGAGAUUCAUACUGACCUCAAGGAUAGUUCAGUGGAGGUACAUAUAGGAUUAUGGUUUAAUAUCAUCUGUCAAAAUGGAGGAAUGGCUAAGGAUUGUGUGACCAUGUUUACAUUUGGAAAUAUGGACAGCGAUGGUGAAACCCCUGCCAUGAAUUUCGAGGUAAUCAAAGCGCUCGUGAUGACUGGCGAGUCAAUGUGCUUGCUCGGCUUCGUCCUCGUGCUUAUCCACUUCCACCGCGAGAACAACCUCAACCCCAGCCAGGCUCUAGCUGUCCUAGCAGCACUCGUGUUUUUUGUGUGCGCUCUGAUUGUAUUCGGCGCGGUGGGUAUCCAAGGUUACCGAAACCAGACGUUUGUUGAUACGACAACAUCGUUAUACACAAGCUCCAAUGGUCAAAUUAGCUUUGAAAUUUACUUUCCCUGGGCGUUACUCGUGUCAGGAAUAGGCGCUGCGCUUGCGUUGUUUGCGGCCAUGGCUGUCUCAAUCCAUGUUUGUUGCUACAAGCCUCAACAUCGGGGUGAUGUCGUCUACUCGGCGAAUUACACCAGUUCGCCUCAGACUGAGCCCAUGUAUUGAUGUUGUGAGGCGAAAGUGUGGCUAGUUAAAUGACAAUACCCACAUGGGUUACGUGAAACGUUAUGAAAGUCUAGUGUUGUCGAGCGUGGGGACUAUUGAUAUAGUGUCAUGCACACAGUUAUCAAACGUUACCAGUCAUGUUUAGUAUUUUGUAGUAUCUAAAGGUGGAAAUGAACGUGAUGCUUGUGAGAUGUGGACUUUAUACAGCACUGCAGACAGGACUGCAAUUAUACACAAUUGUUGAAAUCUUUUUAGAACACUUAAUUCUAUUUCAAUUUAUUCACAUAAUUAAUUUAUAACUUAAAUAAAUAUUUAAAUAAAGUUAUCCUACGCAUAUGUUUAAAGUAUAUUUCUCUGAUAAAAUUGGUGCACAUUGUGUGAAUAGUCCACAAGUACAUUUAACUAAUGCAUUUCAUUUUAAAUAUACUAUCUACUUUUUUAAA